UAUCAUCUUUCCGAUAUAGCGACCUGUUGAACGGCUUUAAUGCACGAGGUAGAAGUGUUUCGACACCCUGCCCUGGUCCAACCGCCAGGAUAUGAACCCAACGCGAUCCUCCAUCGCGGUACUGACCCCCACGCGGAGCGCACUACCUUUGCUGGACAGGAGUCCUCGUCACCGCAACCCCCAUUUGAACGAAAUGCCGGACUUGGAUGUACUCCAUUUACCGUACGGCUGGUCGCGAGCGAACAACCCCGAGGUAAAUCUACGUCAUGCUAUCCUAUCCUCGUCGCCAAAGAAGAAAAACGUGCUGCCGUCCAGACUAUGUACUGUACCAACAUAUGUUCCUGAGCUGUCUAUAAGACAAAAGAACACCCCCACUCAAAUUUCCCAUCCAAAAGGACAUGCUGGGGCCCCUUCACUUCACCAAGCUGGAACUACUUGUACAAUGCGUCGCCAGUAGAUACUGCAUCCACCAAAGUGCCAGUCAGCGGCAGAUAGGUACACAUUUACCCAGACGGGCCUAUGCGGUUGCGUGUUCCUGAACGUGAAUCAUGGCUUUUCGUCUCUACAUCUUGUCAAUGGUCCUUUGUUCGCCCGGCUAAAUCAGUAGAGCAUGGUCGGGCCUGGUAACUGCUGGUAUCUGCAUAACAACAACAUCCGUGAAUCCAUCGUGGCAUCGUGGUUGCGGACGAACGUGGCACGCUGAGGAA